AGGGGCGCCAGGCCCUCCCCCGCCGCCCAUUGGGCCGGGAGGCGGCCAUAUGUCCGCCGCCGGCGCGGCGCAGCGGGAGCCGCGCGGCGAGGUCCGGCCGCCGGCGGCGCUGCCGGGGCGCGCGCUGGCGGAGCGGCUGCAUGCAGAGGCGGAGGCCCGGCGGCAGAGGCGCGGCGAGGAGGAGGAAGCGCAGCGCCGCGCCGUGGCGCUCGCUGCGCAGGGGCCGAAGGCGAGCGCCAGGUCGAUGGAGCUACUGAGGGGGAGGCCCGUGUCCUUCGAGGAGCGAGCGCGAGAGUACGCCGCGUCCCGCGAGCAGAUGCUGCAAAGGAAGCUGCAGGAGAGGCGUGCGCGCGAGCGCGAGGAGGCGCCGGGCAGGCCGGCGAUCUCGGAGAGGGCCCAGCGCGUGCAGCGGAUGGCGGACGACUGGGACAACUGGGAGAGGCGGCGCCAGCAGCGCAUCCACCAGGGGGUCGUGCAGCGCGUCGCCGAGGAGCAGCGCGAGUGCACCUUCCGCCCCCAAAAUCAGCGUCCCGCCUAGUGUUGGGGCGCCGGCGUAAAGUCUCAAGUUUCCGUUCCCAUGGCGGCCGCCGACCGCGGGAAAGGGCGGGCGCGUCUUGGAGCCGAGCUGCCAGCUCCGCCUCCGUGCUCGAUCUGCCGAGCCGGGUCGAUGCGCGAGGGCUCUGGUGCCCCCAAAAGCGGGGCGAAAACGCCCGUCCGGCUGCGGGGCUCGAGAGGCGGGG